GAGAAAAGAAACAUAGGAGGAAGAUUCGAAGGCUUCCCAAAUAGAUACACGAAACGAAUCUCUCCCUUGCUUGCAUCAAAACUUCAUUAUUUUAUGGAGGAACUUGGAAGAGUACCGUAACUCUGAUACCUCUGUCCUCUUUGCUUGGGUACUCUUUCAGGAGAAAUAACGCUUACGCAUGUGCGCGCUCUCACACCCAACAACUGCGUAACCCUUCUUCCUUCUUCCUUCUUUUCAUUGCUACAAUUCAGUAUCGGAUUCAGUACUCAAAUCAAGAUCCUUUCUUUCUUCAAGAUUCGGUGUUUUUGGGGCCCUGCUUCAAUUGGGUUUCCUCCAAUUUUCGUAAUGCCUCUUCAGUUCCGCUAAAUUAUUGAAUCCCCAAUUUGCAUUUUUUCCCCUUUUUGUUUAUUAUUAUUGGAAGAUGUUUCGCUUCUGAAAUGGAUUUUGAAGGUGGGCGAGGGUCAUUGUUGAGAUGUCCUUUUCUUCAAACGGUAUGAUUAUUCGUAGGUUCAGCUUUUCAUAUAUGACGAUGAUUUCUAUGCGUUUGGCUGCGUCUCUGCCGUUGUUUUUUGUGAGUUUGUAGAUUCUAAAUUUCAUUCAAAAGGGAUUGCUUGGUAAUGCAUAGUUGGGAUUUGGGCAGUGUACUAUAUAUCAAUGCAAAAUUAUUGGGGUGAUUAAAUUUUGCUAGUGGGUUUUGGAGAGAUCAUAGGUGUUUUAUUUGUUAAUUUUACGGAUAAUUAUUGUUUGUGUUGCGUAAUUGUUUGGUUGGUUUUGGUAAUAGAAGGGUGAGGAUCUCGAGAGGUUGUGGUGAUUUGAGUUGUUGCUUGUUGGGAAGUGGUUGUGGUGAAUGUUGUUUGUGUAAUCUGUUGCAUUGCAAUGUCUGGGGGAACACCGGUCGGGGGAGGUGGAUUUAUGAGGCAGAGGCACAGCCAGGGGUAUGCCAGCAGUGGUGAUGACCUGGAGGAUGAUGCAUGCUCAAGGAACCGUCCCUUUGCGCCUCCUAGUCCUCCACCUAGGACAUGGAUUGAGAUGCUGGAAAACUUUCUCUGGCUUGCUUCUGCUGCUUUCAUUCUAUACUUUGGCGAUCAGCAUUCCAAUUUGAUAUAUCUGUUGUGCCAUGACAACCGAAUUAGAAGACUGCCUUUAUAUCUUGGGAUGAUAGGUAUUGGUUUGAAUGCAUUGAUUUUCAUAUAUACAACUAUCUUGGCUUGGAGUGUUCGAAGGUUUGAUGAAAAAUGGGGAUUAAAAAAAUGGGAAAUAACAAGCAUCUCUAUGUUGCCAUUUGCCACGGCAUUUGGAAUCAUCUCUUUUUGCUUGUUCUCCUUUGCUUUGUGGCCAAUAUGGAGUUUCUUGACACUCCCUCUUCUGUUUACACUAUUUAUGGCUUGCAUGGUAGUAAUCCCUUACCUCAUUUUUGGGACGCUCCGGCCUCCUCAAUACGACGAACUGCGUACAGAUUGAGCCUCAUGAUUCAAGUGAGGAAUAGUACUGACUUUUCUAACACAUAUGUCAAGGAUUGAUUGAGUGGUAGCCGUUGCUAUGUGGUUUGAAGUUUUGUCUCCUAGCAGCAUGAUGUUUCAUGUUAUGCUUUCCUAAACUGGUCCUAACAGUGAGAACUAAAAUUCUUUUCAUCCUUACAAUUACAUUAGGUUAGAGUGAUGCUGAUGCGGCAGGUCUUAGUUGCUAUGAGUUGAGAUAGAGGACUUGUGGGUUAAAGUGUUUAGUUCUAUCAAUUGGAAACCUUCAAUUAAUGAUAUCAUAAUAGCAUUUUUUACAUUU